AUGAGACACUCUGGACUUCGGACUGAGAAUGGGCAGGCGGUCCCUACCCAUUCGAACCAGGACCUGCCAGUCAUGAACAAAGUGGCGUUCCCGUUCACCAUCACUAGCGACUUAAACCUAGCAGAAGACUUUCCAGGUUCCACAAUCUACAUUUCGUCUUUCCGGGUAUUCCUGGUCUUCGGGCGGCUGGCGGAGGUUGCUGAGUGUGUAGGGACUCGGUGUCUCUAGACUGCGGAGAACCUCAGGCUGUGGACUUCGCGGGAAGAGUCACCCGCUCGAGAUCGGGAGGACUGGAGUGGAGACGGAGAGGGACCCUUUCGGGCCAGAGAGCUUAUUUUAGUUCAGACCGGGGAAAGAGAGCUGUGCAACGUCGGGCACUUUCAUAGUAACUGGGCAAUCCCGUUCAGCGAGAUGGUGGGCAAGUUCUCUGGCCAGAUCCUGACGAGUUCCUCUAGUGAGAGUUUUCUGCUGCAGAGGUCAACUUUGGAUGGGAUUCGCACUUGUGAACUUGCUCGCUUGUGUGAACAGGUAAGCGAGGUAGUCAGAGACUGGCUGGUUUGUCUUACAAAGCAGAGAAGUAGAAUUCUGCCUCUAAAAGUCAGACCAAGAAUCAACACAAAUUUACAAUUACAUUCUCAAAAGAAAAUUGGAGCUGGAAAUGAAGUGUUUCAUGAGGAGAACCAUGGUUGA